ACUGCUGUGUCAACUCUCGCGAGAAUCUGAGGCUUCAAACCUUCCCAUGAGCCUUUGCGGGACCCUCUUUCUAGCCGGCGCCUGAGAAUGGGUAUUUCGAGGGACAACUGGCAUAAACGCCGCAAGACCGGCGGCAAACGUAAGCCCUACCACAAGAAGAGGAAGUAUGAGCUCGGGCGUCCACCUGCAAACACCAAGAUUGGAGCGCGUCGCAUCCACACAGUGAGGGUCCGUGGUGGGAACAAGAAGUACCGUGCUCUUAGGUUGGAUGCUGGAAACUUCUCAUGGGGCUCUGAAGGUUGCACGCGCAAGACCAGGAUCAUUGAUGUGGUCUACAAUGCUUCCAACAACGAGCUGGUCAGAACCAAAACCCUGGUAAAGAACUGCAUCGUUCUCGUGGACAGCCUUCCCUUCAGGCAGUGGUAUGAGGCCCACUACGCCACUCCUUUGGGACGCAAGAAGGGAGCUAAGCUGACUCCAGAAGAAGAGGAGAUCCUCAAUAAGAAGCGAUCCAAAAAGACUCAGAAGAAGUACGACGAGCGAAAAAAGACUUCCAAAAUCAGCACUCUCCUGGAAGAACAGUUCCUGCAGGGAAAACUGCUUGGUUGCAUUGCUUCCAAACCUGGCCAGUGUGGCAGGGCAGACGGCUACAUCCUGGAGGGCAAGGAGCUCGAGUUCUACUUGAGGAAAAUAAAAGCAAAGAAAGGCAAAUAAAUGUCCAGCUGUUUGAUAUGCCAAUAAAAUUUAUAAAUGUCCCACA